AUGUCGUACGACGACACACUCAUACACAUAAACGAUGCGUCUGAUCUGACACUGGACCCUAACACAGCAUGCGUGAAUGCAAUUUUGACAGAAAACAACAAAAGGGCAGAUUAUGUUGAGGAGAAGCAGCCAUACCCUGAUCAUCCAGACAGAUUUAAAGUGUCUCAAGUACUUUGUGAAGAAGGUCUGACCGGUCGACAUUACUGGGAGGUUGAGUGUCCUACGGCUGACGUUGGAGUGGCGUACAAAAGUAUAGACAGAAUGGGAGACUGCUCAAGGGAAACAGUUUUCGGUGAAAAUGAAAAGUCAUGGUGCUUGACUUUUGAUGGAUUCUUUAAACAUAAUUCCCCUGAGGGAUUUAUUGUCCGCGAUGAAUUCAAUUCAUUCCAGAAUACCGUUGGGGUUUAUCUAGACUGGCCGGCGGGUAUUUUGUCCUUUUUUGAGGUCGGUCCUGAUACACUGACCCACCUGUACACUGUCAGUACAACUUUCAACGAACCACUCCAUCCUGGUUUCUUCAUCCCGAACGGAUCAAUUUACUUCCAUAAACUAAAUUAACCAAAUAUCUUGGCGAAAGAAAUCUGUGCACAGCUACAGUAAGAGACCUACUCCCUGCUGGCUGAAUGCAACACUGAAACAUUCAACACAUGUGAUGAACUGAUUUAACAUUUAAACUGAAAUACCUAACAUUUGAAUCAUUUUCAAUGUUAAAGUAUGAUUAAGUAAUAGGGGUUUGGUGGGUUUGAGAUGAUUGCCCAUUGUUGUGUACCGUAAUUUUUGCACUAUAAGCCGCGCCUUUUUCCCAUUUUUCGACCCUGCGGUUUAUAUAACGGUGCGGCU